AUGAACUCGUCCGUAUCUUCUGAACACUGCCACAAAGCCGCCAUUCAUGACAGUGUUGAAAUGGAGGUGAGCCAGCUCAAAGACAUCCAGGCCGAGCCUAGGAAGUCGAAUGAACCUUCGCCAAUUCUAAACGACCCGGAGAAAGUGGAAGUGAGUGAGCUUAAAGAGCGCUUUAGUCUCACUGGCAUGAUUGGUCUCUAUUUCUCUCUGGGUGCGGCGCCCCUGGCUGUUGGUAGCUAUACAACUCUGAUUCUUGGGGUUGGUGGCGGCGCGUUCCUAUUCUGGGGCACCGUCGUCGGCGUCGUCUUUCAGAUAUUUAUCGCCUUAUCGUUGGCGGAAAUAGCCUCAGCCUUUCCUCACAGUAUUGGAAUGUCACACUGGAUUGCCCAGCUCGCACCUCCAGAAUGGAAAAGAGGUCUGAGUUAUUGGGCUUCAGCCGUCACGAUGCUGCAGACCCAAUUUGACGGAGCAUCCUUUUGGAUCAUUACAGUCCGGGUCGUGACGGCAACUGUUUCUGUCUUUACAAGUGGAUCUACCAACUUGGAGAACUGGCAAAUUUACUUGAUCAUAGCCGGAUUCGUCCUGGCAGGCGUUCUCAUUAACAGUCACGAUACGCUGCUAAGCGGUUAUGCAAAGUACAACAACUCUAUGGCAUAUGUUAUCAAUGGAACCAUUAUAUAUCAAGUCGUUUCACUCCUCGUCCGGUCCUCGCCAAAGCAGUCAGCAUCUUCCGUCUUUCUUUCCGUCGACAAUCAAACGGGCUGGACAAACGAUGGAGUUGUUUUCCUAUUUUCAACCAUACCGGGAAUCAGCGUCGUGAGUGGCUUCAACUACGUUGCGCACAUGGCAGAGGAUAUGCCGGAGCCGAGAAGGACCGUCCCCCUUACCUUGAUUGCGGUUACUUUGUUGAAUUCAGUAACUAGCGUCGCGAUGAUAGUAGUGCUUCUCUUCUGCACAGUCAACAAAGAGGCGCUCUAUGAGCCCAUCGGGGGCAUGCCGUUGGCACAAAUCUUGUGGGACGGACACAGAUCGCUGCCGUUGACUGGCAUCAACAUGCUUCUCAUGAGCGUGAUCUUUGUGACUGGCGGAUUAGGCUUCAUUUCUUGCUCAAGCCGCCUUGUCUGGCAGGUCACUAAGCAUGGCGGUCUUGCUUUCGCAAGGGUCUUUGGCCACGUCAACCCGAAAACACAGAUCCCGCAAAAUGCCGUCUUUUUCGUCGGAACGACCACGAUUCUAAUCUCCCUCUUACAAGUCGGCACCCAAACAGCCCUGAACGCGCUCAUGGGUUUCAGCUUCCUCUGUGUUGCCUUUUCGUACGGAGUCAGUAUUCUUCUGCUCGUAGUGCGUGGCCGUCAUCUGUUACCUCAGAACCGUUAUCUCAAUUUAGGUCGCCUUGGCUUACCUGUUAACCUCGUGGCCCUGGCUUGGAUCAUCCUCUCAUCAGUCUUCCUUUGCUUUCCAACAACAUUACCGGUUCAAGCUGAUACAAUGAAUUACGCUGCUCCAGUAUUUUUUGGAUUUCUGUUAUUCUUUGUGCCGAACUGGUACUUUUAUAGCAAAAAGCACUAUGUCACGCCGUCUAAGAUGGCUUUUUGA